AUGAAGCCUAUACUUCCAAUUUUUAAACGCUUAACAAAUAUUUCCAGUGUUCGUCGUUUAGGAGUUGGUCUAGUAGACGAUCUAGAUCGUGUUCUUACACAUAAAGAAAUUAAAAGUGUCAACUUUGAUUUAGUCAACUAUGGAACAGAUGGAAUCUUCUUUUCAGCCUACAAUGAAGAUGGAUUUAUUUUGAGUAAUGGUACAAAAAUCAUUGGACCAUGUGCUGUUUUCCCUAAUAAUGCUUUCAGUUGGAAUGUGAAGGAUGCAUUAGAUAUAUCAGAGAAAUCGUUAUCUUUAUUCUUUUUACUGGAACCUCCAAUCGAACUACUGAUUAUAGGUAAGGGAGAGAUGAAAAGUUGGGUUGAUUAUCGUAAGAUAUUGGAUAUCUGUUGGAAGCAUAGAUUGUGUGUUGAAGUGAUGCCGACAGUUAGUGCAGUAGGCACAUUCAACUUUUUAAAUUCAGAAGGACGAUAUGUGGCAGCAGGAAUUAUUCCUCCUCAUCGUCUAGAUCACUAUGAUGAAGCAAAUCUUAAAGCUUCCAGAAUAUUAUUAUCUGAACAAGAUGAAGACGUGCAACAACCUCUGCUACAAAAUCCAACUGAUCUAAAACUACUUACAUCUGGUGAAUAUAAAGGAAUUUCUGUGGCACGUUCACCGUUAGCCAAAAUUUAUCAUGGUGUUCCCAGCCAAUGGGCUGUAUUAAACGUUGUACAAUUUCCGGUGAAAUUUUCUAAAGUAAUCAAUAAAUGCAGAAAAUUAUUUUCAAGUCAAAUUACUACUGAAUUUAAAUCAACUUCUGAAGAUCCAAAGAAUGAAUCAAGUGAACCUAAACGUAUUUGGCCAAGACAAUUACCUAAUUUUAUUGAAGCUGUCAAACCACCACCUUCAACAUCUGUGGCAGCUACUUCAAAAGCACCAUUGAUUAAAGACUUUUUCAAAGGUCAAAUAAAUCUUGAAUUGUUCGAAUUUCCAGAAUUAGAAACUAGGCAGCAGGUCGAUGAUUUAAAUGCUAUGCACAAUCAAAUCAAAGAAUAUAUACUCAAAAUGAACAGUUAUGAAAUUGAUCAAAAAAGUAGUCUAUCAAAAGAAACUAUACGUAAAAUGAAUGAAAUUGGCCUACUUUGUUUAAACAUAGAUAGCAAAUACAAUGGGCUGGGUUUUAAUACAACUUAUUGGAUUAGAGCUUGUGAAGCGAUUGGAUUAGAUGGAUCUGUAUGGGCUACAGUGACUGCCCACCAGUCAUUGACUGCUAAGGCAAUAUCUCUGCUUGGAACAACAGAGCAAAAAAUGUAUUAUUUGCCAAAAUUAGCCUCAGGUGAAUAUAUAGGCGCAUUUUGUUUGUCCGAAAUCAGUAGUGGUAAUGAUAUUCAAGCAUUGACAAGUUUAGCUGUAACAAGUGAGACUGAUGAUCAUUAUCUUCUUAAUGGUUGUAAAGUAUGGAUAACCAAUGGUGCUGUCGCUGAUGUUUUCAUCGUUUUUGCUCGAACACACUGUAAUAAUACUGAUACUAAUUCAAAUGAGAUGACUGCAUUUAUUGUGGAUCGAUCAUUGGAUGGUAUUGAAUGUGGACCUCUGUUGGAUACAUUCGGUGCACGUGGAUCAAAUGCAAAUAACAUUACAUUCAAUAAUGUGAAAAUUCCAAAGAAAAAUAUCUUGGGUAAACAUGGUGAUGGAUUCAAAUUAGCUCAAGAUGUGCUGAUAUCGCAUCGUUUGAAUACCGUAGCUGCUAAUGUCGGUGUAUUGCGUUACCUUCUUACUUAUAUCACUGAGCAUUGUUUACAACGUCAUCAAUUCGGUAAACCUAUCGGUGAUUAUUCUAGGGUAGAAGAAAACUUAUCUGAGAUUGUCUUGAAUCUAUAUGCUAUGGAGUCAGGAUUAUUUUAUCUCUCUGGUUUAUUGGAUGCUCAACCAUCACGUGAUCUCUCCUUAGAAUUGGCUGCUUUAAAGAUAUUUAGUUCUGAAAAAACUUGUUCAGGUAUUGAUACGUGUAUACAAUUGGCUGGACGUUUUGGUCUUCUUAAAGAUGUUCCAUUUGAAAGAUUUUUACGGGAUUCUAAAAAUCAUUUAACAAGUAUGGAAUCGAAUGAUAUUCUACGUAUACUAAUAGCAGGUGAAGGUUUUAGUAGCGUUAUACCAGAUUUUCAAGAAACAGUUGCUAAGUUAAGUGUUUAUACACGUCAUCCUAUAACUGUUACAAAACAUAGAUGGUUAUGUAAAGGACGAAAACGUGGAUGGUUUGCAGCUAAAACUGGUUCUGGACCAAAAGUGACUGAGGGUAAUGCUUCAAGAGAUUUAAAAGAUCAUCUACAUCCUACUUUUGGAAAAAUGUCAACUGAACUUGCUAUAAACACUCAAAGAUUUCAAAGUUUAUGUGAAAUUACACUCAUUGAACAUGGUCGAGAGAUUAUUGAUGAACAGAUGGUAUUAUGUCGGAUAGCAGAUGCUGCUAUUGAUCUCUUACUUACAUCUAUUUGUUUCGGUCGUGCUUCGAGAUCAAUUAGUAUUGGUGUGCAUCGUAGUGAUUAUGAGAAAACUUUAACUCAUGCAUUUUCUAGGCUAGCACUUCGACGUGUUGAACAAAUUAUUGCUACAAGAUCUGAAAUAGAUCGUUAUCGACAUCGUAUAGCCAGUGAAUUGUUGACACAACGCUCAUAUCCUGUACUUCAUCCAUUAACACGUGUAUGGUGA